ACAGGGUUGAGCGUACCUUUCCGACUGUACUGGCCAUUAUGAAUGAAAUCGAUGCUCAAAGACUCAAUUCUAGUAACGGAGGGAUGCACAGGGAGAGAAAAGUUCAAGAAGAAAUGAAGAAAGAAAGAAGACAGCAGCUAUUGAAAAGAGCAGGUACAUCGCAUGCGAGCAGAUCUAUGGGGCAAGGAGACGGAAAUGAAGCUGAGACCCACGACGGAAAGGAAAUAAUCUCUUGAGUGAGGGGUGAGGGGAAACACGAUGAGGGGAUAGCUCACCGACAAACAAAAGUCCAGAUCGCAGUUGUGGGGUUCUAAU